AUGGGAUGGAAAUCUUUGAUAUUAAACAAGGGUAGUAUUUCUCCAAUAAAGACAAAUUUAUUCUUUUCAAGACACUGUCGAGUAAAAUUCAAUACUUUAUGUAUUGUAUUAGCAUAUUUAAUGGAAACUGGUGAAUCAGGUAAAACAUUAGCAAUAAACAAACCAUUUGUUGCUGAGGAUGCCUCAUUCUUCCAAUUGUACUCUCCUUUAAUUAUCAGAGGUGGAAUUAUAGUUACUGGAAUUGUAGGAGUUGCUAUAUAUUUAAAAACAUCACCUAAUUAUCGUCGUUUUAAACAUGUUACUGAAAUUCCACAACAUUUUAUACAAAGAGAAAUACCACUAAAAGGAAUCGUAAAGGAAGUAACUCCUUUUGGAACUUUUAAAGUUGAACAUCAACCUCUUCGUACAAUUCCAUUUAUUACACCUAUCAAAAAAGUACAACCAUUAAAUUUAAAGUUAGCCGGUAUUGAAUUUAGUGAAGAAGGUUUAAAUUACCUUACAAAUGAAUUAAAAAUUAAAGAUAAGAAAGUUAAUUUUACAGUAAUCAAAAAUACUCAUGAUAAUAGUGACUCUGUUGAUGUUGAAAUGACAAUUAAAAAAAAUUUAUUAGGUUUUGUAAAUAUGAAUCAAGAUCUAGUACGAAAAGGUUAUGCUAAAAUUCCUAGUCCAAAUAAUAAGGAACAUAUUAAUUCUCUUGAACAUAUCCCAACUUAUUCUAGACUUAUCAAUAAGUUACUAUUAUCAGAGAAAAUUGCCGAUAAAAGAGGUCUUGGUAUGUGGGAAAAAGAAUCAUGGAUGGAAUCUGUUAAAUCAGUUCCAACUCAAUCAUUUGGAAUUAUUAAAUCAUCUCCUUUUGUUAAAUUUAUAGUUCUUCUUUUUACAAUCAUGAAAGAUGCUGCUUACUUGUCUGCAAGUGCACUUAAAAAUCUUUAUUAUAUUAUUGUUGUGACAAUGGGUUAUGUUGCUGUUGGUUACCGUAAAUUUGGACGUGGUGUUGAUUCAAUGAGAAUAAAGUAUAAUGGACUUAAAGAAAAAUUUAAGAAAUAG